AUGAUCAACUUACUGAGCACCGUACUCCUCACGGCAAGCAGCUACUGCAUGCAAAUCACCUGCGCGCCAUCCAGAUCUGAGAUUGAUGCAGCUCAUAAAGAUGGCACGUGGUUGGACAUUGGAAUUCUCAGCCUUCACAACUUCGGCUACAUCAGCAAACGGCGCCGCAUGAUCCUCAUCCUUCUUUCUUUUUCUUCGCUCCCGUUACACUUAUGUUAUAACUCGGCCAUUUUUGAGGUGACCAAAGGCCACAGCUACACGAUCCAUUACGUGAGCAACUCGAAUAUAUCCGAGAUCGAUCGGAUCAAUAACACAAUGGAUCGCCUUGAAAAUCAUGAGUGGAUGGAGAGAUACUCCACACAAUACGUCUCGGAUAGUACGGAUCUCUACUUCAUUGUUGACCGCGUGGGAUUCGAUAUUAUCCUUACCAAUGAAACUUGGGAAAUCACGUCACCAACAUCAUGGAAUCCUUCACAGUUUGGCACUCUUAGUUUUCCUGCGAACGAUUCAUCAUUUCCCAUGAUGAGUUCCAUUGACGGUGCCAGCCACGGUCUCUCCGAUCUUGGGAUAUCAUUUCAAUUGCCAGAACCGCUUUUCAUCAACGCAACAGUGACAACUGGUCUUGACAAAAUCUUCGACUUCAGUGCUAAGGAUGAAGAUGGCUUUUGGAAUCUACACUCUGGUGGUCGUCGUGCUCCAGCUACUCCGUGGCCGUUGCGGAUUCAGUAUGCCUUUGCGCAACCCACUACGACGAGCAGUCAGGUGCAAUGCAGUCUCGUGUUUCUGCUCAUUGUCAUCUUCUGCAAUCUGCUCAAAUGUGUCCUCAUCUAUGACACAUAUCGAAACUCCUCCGAACGACGAGUGAUCACCUUGGGUGACGCAGUGGCCUCCUUCUUGAGCCGUCCGGAGGAAUCGACAGCUGGCAUGUGUCUUGCCAACAGGCAUUCGAUCGUACCACGUCAUUCUAACAAAGCCAAAAAACAAGACGGCUGUGAGGUCCAAGAAUGGACAGAAUAUUUCCUUCGCUACUCUCAAAUCAACAUCGAACAUACUUGGUGGUCUCGGAUAGUCGUCCUGAUCUUGACUACAAGCACCUCCGCAAUAUUGAUUGUUUCCCUGCAAUACAUGCCGCAGGCACCAACAUGGGGGACAAAAUCGAUUACAAUCCUCUCGUUUGCGCCCCAGUCCUUCGACUCGAAAGGAAUCCUGCUCAACUCGGUCAUUCCUAACAUACCUCAUGUCCUACUGUCAUUCACUUACUUCGCAAUCAACCGAAUCUGUACCUCAAAUCAUUUCGUGAAAGAGUGGAAUGGCUAUGGGACUACCAGAAAAGGGCUUCGCGUUUCAAAGCCCUCUGGACAACAACGGAAGACGUACAACCUCCAGCUCCCAUACAGCUGGGCAAUUCCUCUGACCGCGACAUCCGGAUCCCUGCACUGGCUAGCCUCGCAGUCAAUAUUCCUCACCCGACUCGAACUAUACGAUGAGAACGGUGACAUCAUUCUCCAUGGCGAAGACUCGACGCUUCUCUCAAAGUGCACGACCGGAUACUCAGCCUUGAGCGCACUAGUGUUUGCUCUUGUGGUCAUUACUCUCAUGCUGACCAUUUGGUGGUUUGCUCGGAGCAAGAUCCAAGUCGACGUCCCGGUGUCGGCGCACUGCAGCCUUGCCAUCGCUGCGGCCUGCCAUCCACCACCGGACGAGGAGACACCGCAUCUGAAGCCAGUUCAGUGGGGCGUUGCUAGGAACGAGGUCCGCCCUGGAGUCAAGCACUGCACUUUCACGAGCGAGCCUGUCACCGCACCUGCGCCUGGAGAAUUGUACGCGUAA